AUGCUUCAUUUGGAUAAACUUUCAUCGUCCAAUGCCGUGCUCACAGCAGAGGACAAGGAGAAAGUGAAACGUGCCAUCCCCAAGCCUAGUAAUAAAAUCAUCGAUGCAACGGUGGCCAGAUUAUACAUUGCUUAUCCAGAUCCCACCAAGUGGGUGUUUACAGGAUUGAUGGGAGCAGUUGCCUUUGUUGACGACUUGGUCGGCCAUACUUUUUUCUUGAAGCUCGUGGACAUUACAGGCCAUCGAGGAGUCAUUUGGGACCAGGAACUCUAUGUCAACUUUGAGUACAACCAGGACCGGAAAUUCUUUCAUACUUUUGAAAUCGAGGAUUGUCUAGUUGGGUUGUUGUUUGAAGAUACAAACGACGCAACGCAUUUCUACAAGAGGGUCACGAACCGUCAAAAGCACGGAUCGAGUGCCACGGUGAAAAACAAGAGCGCCAUUGCCUUGAAGGAGAAAAGUGGACCAAAAGGCCCCAACGCACCUGGCCCACGAGGCGAAUAUAUGGACGUCAAUACUGCCCAGAGACAAAGGAGGGCAAAGGGGGUCUUGUACUAUGAUGACGUGCCGCCACCGGAAUGGAGGUCUCUAUAUGCGGAGUUGGAGGCCGCUGGCAUCACCGAGGAUAUGAUUGCCGACAACAGACAGUUUAUCAAGGACUAUAUCGCACAACAAGGAGGUCCAUUAGUUGGACUCGAACCUCCUAUACCUAGAAAGUACCAAAGAGCCAACGAAAAAAGUGAAAGUUUUGAAUCGAGCACCAUGACACCGCUGCACUCGGUAAAGAAAAACAAAAAAGCUCCGCCUCCGCCACCUCCGUCGGGACAAGCAGGAAACACAGCUACUUCAACACCGCCGCAGUACAACUCGCAAAGUCCCGAUACGCUGCUGGAAACUGCUUCACUAGCUGCAGAGACCCCCGAGCCAUCCACUUUUAAACCUACGUUUAGGUUACCUCCAAUGAACGCCAAGAUCCCAGGGAGAGCCCAAAAUCAAGCAGGUUCCAAUGACAAGCCAUUGCCGUCAACUCCGCCGACACUCCCUUAUUCACAACCGCAAGCUUCCACGUCCGCGUCCACGUCCUCGCCUGUUACUGCUGCUCCCGUCAAUCUGCAACCCACACCGCCUCGCACACAAUUUGCGGUGCCACCUCCAUUUGUGCCAGGACCAGGGCAAGUCAAUAAUAAUGGAGUCCCACCUGCUCCUCCAUCGCGAUCAAAUGGGCCACCACCACCUCCGAGAAAUGCGAACGCAGCGGCACCGCCACCUCCACCGAGAGGCGCCUCUUUACCACCAGCAAGAAACGGAGGGAACCCGCCUGCACCACCUCCUCCUCGAAGCUCACGUGGACCAGCGCCACCUCCUCCACCCUCCAGGUCGACACAUGCGAAUCCUGCAGUGCCUCCACAACCUCCACAGCCUCCGCAAAGGGCAGGAGUUGCAUCACCACCUCCACCGCCAAGACCAACGUCAUUUGCUACGUCUCCACCUCCACCCCCGGCAUCAUAUAACGCAAUUCCCAACAAUGGUCCUCCCCCUCCACCCCCGGCACCACCAAUGAUGAGCUCCAACAACGGUCCUCCAGCACCACCGCCUCCACCCUCGAUGGGCACGGGAGCACCGCCAGCUCCUCCUCCACCAGCUAUGCCGAUUGGUGGUGGUUUCUCGGAAGCCACAGGCGAUGCCGGUAGAGACGCUCUCCUUGCAUCAAUCAGAGGCGCAGGUAUCGGCUCGUUGAAAAAGUCAGACAAGUCCCAAUUAGACAAGCCAAGCGUAUUGUUGCAAGAAGCAAGAGGAGAAAAGUCUGCUACCGACCUAUCUUCAGCAAACCCCGCGGGAGGCCCGCCGGGAAGUUUAGCCGAUGCUUUAUCAGCUGCUUUGGGUAAGAGGAAAGCGAAAGUGGCCCACAGUGACGAUGAAGAUGACGACGAGUGGUAA